AGAAAGUAUGGUGCUCCGGCUGAGUCAGCAGACCGUCGUUGAGAAAAAUUAUAAUACUAUUCAUUCAACCGAGAAACAAUGAAAGCUGCACUAGCUAAGUCAAUACGUAUUCGUUCCCGAGGGAGGUUUGUAGAACAAAGUCGUGAUACAUACACAGCAUGGUGGUCAGCCCCAUUCCGAAGCGCCGAUUCCUUACCAUUUACCCCGCCAAAUCUCCAUACCUGCCGAGAAAUCCUCAUUGAAUCAACUGAAGCGUAUAGUCGGAGCUUCAUGCCAGAAGCCAUACAAUAUUAACUUUAAGUCGCAACAUGAAGCAACGCUUCUCCUCCCUAGAUGUCAAGGUCAUAACCCAUGAGCUCUCUUCGAGCUUAGUUUCCUUGCGACUGUCCAAUAUCUACGAUCUGUCCUCCAAGAUCCUUCUGCUCAAGUUUGCGAAACCAGACAACAAGAAGCAGCUCCUCAUCGACUCGGGCUUCCGAUGCCACCUUAGCGACUUCGCGCGCACCACGGCUGCGGCUCCCUCUGUCUUCGUCCAGAAGCUCCGCAAAGCCCUCAAGACCCGCCGGCUCACUGCAGUGUCGCAAAUCGGCACCGAUCGAAUCAUCGAGUUCCAGUUCAGUGAGGGCCAGUACAGGCUGUACCUGGAGUUCUUCGCCGGCGGCAAUGUCAUCCUUACCGAUAACGAGCUCAGGAUUCUCACUCUGCUGCGCCAUGUGCCCGAAGGAGAAGGUCAAGAGCCCCAGCGGCCUGGCCUGAUGUAUUCGUUGGAGAACAGGCAGAACUAUAGAGGCGUACCUCCGUUGACCAAGGAGCGAGUGCGUACUGCUCUGACCACGGCUGUCGAGAAAGCCGCUGCUGCAGCUGCGUCGGCCGCAACUGCGGGCAAGAAAAUCAAGAAGAAGCCCGGAGACGAGUUGAUAAAAGGCUUGGCCACCACCAUGCCAGAGUUCCCGCCCAUGCUGGUUGACCAUGUCUUCAAAGUGACCGAAUUUGACUCCACCACACCGCCAGCAGCUGUGUUAGGAAAGGAAGAGCUGUUGGAUCACCUACUUCGCUCCCUCGAGGAAGCUCAGAAGAUUGUUGGUGACAUCACAAGGUCAGGGACGUGUAAAGGUUUCAUUCUCGCCAAGAAGAAGCCUGACUCGGCCAGCGAUGACACCAAUGAGUCCGAUCAGGGCCGGCCUUCGAACCUGCUCUAUGAGGACUUCCAUCCAUUUCUACCUCGGCAAUUCCAGGACGACCCAGCUUACACGGUCGUCACUUUCGACAAUUUCAAUAAAACGGUAGAUGACUUCUUCUCGUCCAUUGAAGGACAGAAACUGGAAUCAAAACUAUCAGAAAGAGAGGUUGCAGCCAAGAGAAAGCUCGAGGCGGCUAGAAAGGAUCAAGCGAAAAGGAUAGAAGGCCUGCAAGAAACUCAACAGCUCAACAUUCGGAAAGCGGGCGCUAUACAGGCUAACGUUGAACGUGUCGAAGAAGCUAUGGAAGCCGUCAAUGGCCUCAUAGCGCAGGGCAUGGACUGGGUAAACAUCGAAAAGCUUAUCGAGAGGGAGCGUAUGCGGAAUAAUCCAGUUGCUGCUCUGAUAUCACUGCCUCUGAAGCUGUCUGAGAACAGCAUUACUCUUCUGCUAGGAGAAGCGGAGGAUGUAGAGGAUGACGUGGAGGCGUACGAGACCGAUUCCUCCGAAUCUGACAGCGGCUAUGCAGGCACAGAAGCCUCGAAACAAAAAGCUCCAGACAGACGAUUGGCAGUUGAAAUCAAUCUGGGGCUGUCGCCAUGGGCGAAUGCAAGAGAAUACUAUGACGAGAAGAAACAAGCUGCUGUGAAGGAACAGAAGACGGCACAACAGACAGCGAUGGCCCUGAAAAAUGCAGAACAGAAGAUCGCUGCAGAGCUCAAGAAGGGGUUGAAGAAGGAGAAACCAAUUCUCCAACCCCUCCGACGCCAAAUGUGGUUCGAGAAGUUCGCCUGGUUUAUAUCUUCCGAUGGUUACCUUGUCCUUGGCGGCAAAGAUGCGAUGCAGAACGAAUUCAUAUAUCGCCGCCAUCUCAAGAAAGGAGACAUAUAUGUGCACGCUGAUCUUCACGGUGCACCAAGCGUCAUAAUCAAGAACAAUCCAAGAACGCCUAAUGCUCCAAUACCGCCUUCGACUCUAUCUCAAGCCGGCGCCCUGUCUGUUUGUUCCUCCUCUGCGUGGGACUCGAAAGCCGUCAUGCCGGCGUACUGGGUCAACGCUGACCAAGUGUCCAAGUCGACGGAGACUGGAGAGUUUCUGCCCACCGGUAGUUUUAUGAUUCGUGGGAAAAAGAACUUUCUGCCUCCAACACCACUUCUGCUUGGUUUCGGGUUGAUGUUCCGAAUCAGCGAAGAGAGCAAGGCCAAGCACGUAAAGCAUCGGCUCCACGACACGGACGAGGUAUCGGUACCGGUGGCGAUGUCUUCGACUGCUCAGGCCAGCGAAGAAGCUGAUUCGUUAAUCGACGACAACGAUACCCUCGUAGACGGCGAAACCGUACCGGCUAGUGACUCGGAGCCCGACGUCGGCGACGCUGAAGGCAAUGCUUCUGAGCAAAGACAAAAUCCGUUGCAGUCAUCUAGAUGUCAAGAGAACGAGGAUGAAAGUGUGGAUAUGGAAGAACCUUUACUCUCAGAAGACAUGCAAGGCCUCAAAAUCUCCGAAACUUCUGGGCCAGGCGAUGCUGAACAUGAGAGUCAAGAUGCACAUCAAGAAGAUGAGGGAGAUGAUUCCGAUUCUGAACCCCCUGUCGCCAAUGUCACGACUCAGUCUGGGAAACCAGUGCCGCAACCCCAAGUGCCGAAGAAGCAACAAGCGAAGCGCGGUCAACGCGGCAAGGCCAAGAAAAUAGCAGCCAAAUACCGCGAUCAGGAUGACGAAGACCGUGCUGCCAUCGAAACUUUGAUAGGCGCCACCGCUGGCCAGAAGAAGGCCGAAGCAGAGGCGCAAGCAAAAGCAGAGCGCGAAGCCGCCCAAGCCGCAGCCAAAGAACGCCGCCAGGCCCAGCAUCAGCGCCAGCAGCGUGAGACGGCUAAGCACGAAGAAGUGCGCAGGCUGAUGCUCGAGGAGGGCAUUGAAACGCUAGACGACGACGACGAGGCAGACCAGACCACAUCGUUAGACAGCCUCAUCGGCACGCCACUCCCGGGCGACGAGAUUCUCGAGGCGAUACCCGUCUGCGCGCCGUACGUGGUCAUUGGCAAGCUGAAAUACAAGGCCAAGCUGCAGCCGGGGAGUCAGAAGAAGGGCAAGGCGGUCAAGGAGAUUUUUGACAUCUGGCGCAGGGCUGCGGAGAAUAAGGGCGUCGUGGAUGAGAACAGUCAGGAUUCAGAACGCAUGUGGCCGCGCGAGGUGGAGCUCAUUAGGGGGAUGAAGCCAGAGGAGGCGAUCAAUUCGGUGCCGGUAAGGCUGCUAAGGGUUAUGGUGAGUGGUGGUGGAGGCGGCCAUGGGAAUGGAGGGGCUAGUAAGGGGAAGGCAAAGGGGGGGCAGAGGGGGAAGAAGAGGUAG